AUGGAGUCUCGUCAGCAUCAAGAUGCACCGUCCCGCGAUGCAAAGAGUCCCGAGGAUGGGAUUGAUCAGCCGCAGCCAACGAGCCCGCUCUGGAAACCACUGCCCACGGCUCCGCCAAAGGAGUUUCCUCCUGACAUGAUUCAAUCCGAAGACCCAGCCGGGCCCGGCAUUUCGUCUCCAGCUGCAACCCUGGCACCUUCCGAACUCAAGGGACAGCCCAUGAUCACCCCAGUGCCGAACCCGGCGACUGUGACGCCGCUGCAGCUUCUCGGCGACUCACCGCAGUGGAUCGACUGUCCCUUCUGCCAGCGCAGGACGCAGACGGUGUUGAGCAAACGAGGCUCGGGCACGCAGGCCCUGCUCAUGCACUUCCUGCUGGCGGGCUGGUGUGAGAACGUUUACUACACUUGCUCAAACUGCAAGCACACCGUUGCUAUGAGGCCUCACGACGGGCCAGUGCAGGUCUUUGGUCCUGUUCAGGCAAGUCAGACUGAUAUCAACCUCGUUGCCAUGACGUUCCUGCCACCUACGGAUGUGCUCGCUCGGCUCCAGACAGCUGGUGACAACUAUGCGAGCGGGAAACCCGGCGCGCGGGAGCAGCUCAUCGACUUGAGCUAUGCUCUGAUAUCAAGCCUGGAGCUGCCUAGUGAGGCAAUACAGCGCAUGGGGUGGGCCGAGCCUGCGAGGACAGCACACUGCCGAAUAGCUGUAGACCUUGAUCUCUUCGAGCAUAUCAGAGAUAGUGGCUCUCAAGGCAUCCGCGCCGCGGACUUGGCAGUCAAGACUGGCGCGGAUCCCGUGCUCAUUGCACGCGCUUUGAAACAUCUGGCGGCCAUGAAAGUCGUGGGAGAGAACGGCGCAGACUCAGUCGUUGCCACGCCUCUCAGCAACGCCCUCACCGAGCCAAGGUUUCGCAACGGCAUCAUUUACACACACGACGUCGCGGGCCCCUCAUUCCGAGCCCUCCCAGAGUACCUCAGGAGCACGCGCUACGCCCUGCCCACGAGCCUCACAGACGGGCCCUUCCAGGCUGCGCACAAGACGCAGCUGCCAUUCUUUGCCUGGCUUGAUCAGAAUCCGCCCUACCUCGAAGCCUUCAACAGCUACAUGUCGGCCUACCGCGCCGGCAAGCCCGCCUGGGUCGAUCCGGGCUUCUACCCCGUAGAAGAGCGUUUGGCAGCUGGGUAUGACUCGAACAUCAGUGAGGCCAUGCUCGUCGACGUCGGCGGCGGGAUGGGCCACGACCUGCGGGAGCUAAGGGCGAAGCAUCCUUCCCUCCCGGGCAAGCUGAUCCUGCAGGACCGGCCCGAGGUCAUAUCUACCGUAGGCAAGGAAGCAGGUAGCACUGGGGUGUUUGAAGCCCAGGCGCACGACUUCUUCACGCCGCAGCCCGUGCGGCACGCGCGCGCGUACUACCUCCACUCGGUGCUGCACGACUGGGGCGACGACGAGUGCCUGCGCAUCCUGGAGCAGCUGAAGCCGGCGCUGCGGCCGGGAUACUCGAGGCUGCUCAUCAACGAGAUCAUCGUGCCGGACCGGGACGCGUCCUGGGCCGCGACUUCGAUGGACCAGCUCGUGUUCGUGCUGGGGGCUAUGCGCGAGCGCACGAGGGCUGACUGGGAGGCGAUACUGAGUCGGGCCGGGUUCGGGAUUGUGCAGGUUUAUAGCUUCAAGAUGGGGAUGGAAAGUCUCAUUGAAGCGGAGAUCUUGUGA